UCUUCUAAAUGUCAGCUGUGUUUAUAGUAGGUACUGCUUUACUUAAAUCAAACCCAAAAAAUAGUAAAUUUUAUGUGAAAACUUUCGUAUUUGUCAGCUUGUUCUCAAUUAUUACACAGGGUUUACAUUUUAAAUCGCACGGACAAGGAUGUUGUAAGUAAUCGACGAUCUAUUUUCGUCGAAUGUUGAUGAGAUGAAUGUAAAAUAUUUCGAAUUCCUAGCCAAAGACAAAAGCAUAAAAAACUGGGUAUAUGAUAUUUCAACAAAGACCAUUAAGGCAAGCCCCAAAGACAGCUUCGAGCUCGAAGUAUGUAAAGAGGUCAUAGCCAUUUUCGAGCGGCGCAAGUCUAAAGAAAUAACAAGUUCAUGGCUGCUUUCAGCUGUUCGCAAAUUGUUUGGUAAUAGGAAAUGCAAAUCUCAAUUCGAGUAUGCGCAUCCAGUGUUCACGGAAAAUUAUGUUGCCAACUCUAUGUGCACAUUGUUUGCAUCGAAUAGCGAUGACUUGGAAAGGUUAUUGGACAGGUUAAAACUCUUUUGGUCUCCAGAUAUAAUAUCACCAAAGUUCCGCUUUACACCUAGUCGGGAGCUUUACGUUUGUAUUGGUGACAUUGUGGAUUUUGAUGAAGAAGGCACCGGAAUUGUAAACCCAGUAGUUAUUCACAGCACUGGUAAAGUGCAAGGAAAGGGACACGUUUUUGAGAGACUGAAAGAAGCGGGUGGGGACGAAUACAUCGCAGAAUUAAAUUAUGCUGUCGCUCGAGAUGGUUCUCAAUGUGUGACUACAAAAGGAGGGGGAUUAAAGUCAUUAAUGAUACACCCAACACGAAAAGUAAUAAAUGACCGUACGAAGAAAGAUUCCUUCAUUGCCAAUAUGAUGGACUGUUUUCGGGCGGCUCAAGAUGGAAAUUUACGCAAGCUGAUUUUACCACUUGUUUACCCAGGAUCCGGUAGAGUAACCCUUGAAGAAUGUGCUUUCUUUUAUGCUUGUGCAAUCUAUGAAUUUUGGAGAGAAAGUCACGAUAGUUUACUAGGACCGGAAACAAUUUACUUUGUCGAGCAUGACAGGAAGAAAGCAGAAUCUCUCGUGAAUAUGUUCAAGGUUUUGUUUCCAACAUUUUUCACACAUCAUAUGGUCAUUCCAAAAGAAUAUGAACACGUUGUGGCCUCACAUACUUACGUUAAUCAGCCACCGGUAUUUCGGGAACGUGUGAGCGAUGCGUAUGAGACAGUUGAAAAUGAGGAGAUCGAAUAUAAAAAUGUCGACAAUAUCAAUGCAGUUCCAGGAAGACGAUCGAAAACCAUAACAACAGACGCAAACAAAUCUUGUGAGCGCAUUUCAGCUGAUUAUGUGUAUGAAAAUAUUAAUUCAAGCAGAGAAUGCGAUAUCGAAGCAAAACCAACACACUCGCUUAAAUUGGUAUCGGAUGUAGUUCAAAUUCCACACGAGGAUUUGGAGCCAUGUGAUGCUUCUGACGACGACUUCAUUCAAGACACUUUGAACAAGCGUAAGGAAACCAUGAAUAGAUCUUAUUCUGUUGGAGCCAAUCGGAGUAAAAUGUCCAUUAAAGAACCACAAAGUGUUACCUUCACUGACGGCGACCCAUAUCAUGUUUAUGACAAUUUUCAUACAAAGCAGUAUCCAACGAAAGGACUUGUAAGCAAAUCUGUGCUGACAUGUCAACCUGAUGGAAUAAUAAAUCAAGCGCUGACAAAUACUAAAGUGUCCACAAAAAAGUCACCUGUAUUUGGUUUUGAUAAAAGUAGAACACUUUUAGCUAUAUACACAGCUGAUAUUCGUGAAGCUGAGGUCGAUGUGAUUGUUUGUCCUGAAUAUCAAGAUGUUGAAUUUCAAGGGUUUGUGCCAAAUGGCAUUAGAUGUAAAUUUGGUAUUGCACAAAAGGCGAUAGAAGAAAAGGUCUUUAAAAAAGGGAGGAUAGCAAUAUCGCGUUGUUCGGUAGGCCCGAAAAGGUUUGCGUAUGUGUACCACGUUAAGGCAUAUUUGUUUGAAUGUGGACCUUACCCAAUCUCUACAACAUCCGAAAAGAAUCUUGAACAGACUGUGGAUAAAGUGUUUGAUGAACUGCAUCGUCAGAAGCGAAAAAUCAAGACCAUAGCCUUCCCGUUAAUCGGUACCAUCGAUGUUGCUGACAAAGAUUUGGUUAAAUCACUGUGCAGUCAUUUCGUAAAGAUGGUGUUCAAGUGUUGUGAUAAACGGUGCGGCCGAGACGAACUGGAGGUACAGAUUGUGAACCAUUGUGCAACAAUCACAGAAUGGCUUCAGGAGUCUCUGCACAAACACAUUAAUGGUGAUUAUAUCUACAGUUAACGGAACAUUUGUUUGCAGUUGUUAAACAUACUUGGGUGAUGAAUAUUGCUCUAUAUAAAAACAGCCUUCACAUUGAAUGAUAGACGAAAAUGCAUAGAUUUGAUGCUAUAUUUUGAAAACUUAUGUUUGUAAAGUGAUUUUAAUUGAAUAAAAAGGGAAUGGGAAGCUAUGUGCUAUUGUUUACCACUGACAUUAUGUAAUGUUAAAUUAUAAUUGUUAUGUUGUUAAAAAAAAUGAAAGUUCGCAGCGUCACAACAGGUAAUGUUAUUAGUUGAUGUUUUUAAAAUGUAUGUGUACACAUUUUUAUUGUUUUUUUUAUAGGUGUAAACGCUUAUAUAGACAUUCACAUGUUUUGCAAUAGGCGUUAUUGUAUGAAUGCAUUUAUGUUGGAAUGUUUAUUAUAUUAAUAUUGAUAUAGAAAUUCCAAUUAAAGGUUGAUUCACUUGAUUACAAUUGCGGAUAUUGAGUGAUGUUGUACGAAUAAAAAUUGUGCAUAUUCUUUUCAAACGUGUGUGCGAUGAAGUUUAUAUACUUUUACUAACACGAAGUAUUGUUUCGCGAGAUUUUGUUUACACACUGUCAUUAUACAUAUACUUUAAUUUUAAACAGAACUUGGGUCAGACCGCGCGCAAAAAAUGAGUGUGAAAUACAUAAUUUAAUACAAUAAAAUAUAAGUGUGUGUCAUACAUCUGUCUUCGGAAUAUUGGUCAAAAUAAACAAUAUUUGAUCUACAGUUUGUAUCUGAAGAAUAACAAAUAAAAUGUAUUGUACAAAAUUGUU